AUGAGAAGCUGUAACAAACCACUAUUGCCACUAGGAUAUUGCCCAUUGUAUCUUUUGGCGGGAAUUUCGUUCUCUGUUCAAGAAGUAAUUGUUCCUACAAUGGAUCUCGUCAAAGCAGAAAUAGCGAGGCAACGUGAGAAGCUAGUUAGUAGCGGAUUGAUGAAGUGUGAUAAAAAGUUCUUUAAGCGUUCACUAUUAAAACAAAAGGAAGAAGAGGAAUAUUUCAGCAAAUCCAAACGUAUUAAAGAACAAGCGAAUAACAACGAGGAUUAUAAUUUUAGAAUCAAGACAGAGGAGGAGGAUCUCUUGUUGAAAAAGUUCGAAGAAAGAAGUCGAGAAGAAAGAGAAAAAGGGAAGCUUAUGCCUCGUAAAGAAGUUAUUCGUCUUCUAAGGGAACGUAAUCAACCUAUACGAUUAUUCGGUGAAAGUGACUAUGACACAUUCCAACGGUUGAAAAGGGUUCAACUUUUAGAACCUGAAUCAAAAGGAUUGCGCAAUGAUCUAAUUGCAGCACUAGACAAGUUAGAUGAUGCUGAGGAUGAAGAGUUUUACACCUCCGGUCGUGGAAAAUCCGCUUCCGAAUCUCAGUCCGUUGACAGCUCAUCAACCUCUACUCUGGAUGUAAAAACAAAAGAAAAUGUAUUAACAGAAGACGAACUUGAAAAGAUAAAGAUAGAUUUAGCCCGUUAUGUCACAAUGAAAGAGGGUACUGCUACUGAUGACGCAACGACUGCGGUUGUUACCAUUAGUAAACUUGCCCCAGAUAUUGUAUGUACCAAUGAUUUUGACGAGGGAUUUCAUGACCAAGUGAUCGAUCACACCCUUCGCUAUUUGAAGUUCCUUUUGUCAAAAUGGGGUCAUGCUUUGAAUACUAGAACUAAAGAAGAGAAACUAUCUUAUUCUGGAAAAAUGGCUAGUGCAACAUAUACCCAAACAGUAGAGUAUAUUAAGCCACUUCUUCGUACACUUCAGAAUAAUCGUUGUAAAGAUGAUAUUUUGAAUUCCUUGGUUAAAAUAAUGGUUUUGAUGAUUGAUCGGAACUACCUAAAGGCCAAUGAUGCUUAUUUAGAAUUAGCUAUUGGUAAUGCUCCUUGGCCGUUAGGUGUGACAAAUCAUGGUAUUCACUCACGUACUGCUCAAGAAAAAAUCUAUGCCAAGAACGUAGCACACGUUUUGAAUGAUGAAACACAACGUAAAUAUAUUCAAGCUAUAAAAAGACUAAUGACACAAUGCCAAAAGUUUUUCCCAUCAGAUCCUUCAAAAUCUGUAAAUUACAUGGGCACUGUAGGAUAAGUUAUUAUAUUUCAAGUUCUACUGUUUCAUUCAAAAACAUAUUAGUGUACAUAAACUGAUUUUUUUUUCAUUUAGUAAGGUUGUUUACUGCAUGUAAAUAUGACUGGUAUAAAUUUUGGAGAAAUCUUAAUAUUUCUGUUCAGACUACGUCACGUAGUUUUUCUAUAACAGCUUUGAUUACUUGAAAGUCUUUCAUGUUAUAUGGUUCUAUAUCUUGUUGAUUGAUAAGGAGACAGUUGUAUUAAAUCUGAAAGCUUGAUAUGUGAUAAGUCUUGCGAUUUUAAACGCUAUACUCGAUUCCUAAGCUAUUCUGAAACCACUAAGCUAGAACUAUACAGCGACCUGAAUACAAAAGAGGAAGGCACAAAGUAUGCGAGAAGUACUUUACUCCAAGGUUCAUUUUAAUACAGAAAACAGUGAGUUUUUAUAAUAUUCUAAAUGUCCUUGGGUUGCUCGAAGAUUCUGGAAUGCUACUCAACAUAGUAGCGGUAUAACAAUCAGCCAAUCAGAAUGCCUACAUGUGACGUUUCACAUCCUUGAUGUUUUCUGGCUAAACUCCAAGUGAACGCUGAUUGGAUGAAAUGUUCUUAAGGUUUCCUGAUCCUUGUGUGUCUUUUGCGAGAAUUUUUCUGGAUCAUUCCAACAAUAUGAUUAUCUAAUUUCUUAAACUUCAUUAUGAAGAGUUCGAAAUAUAUUAUAACACGAAAAACCAUUGUGUAGUGAAAUUUAGAACCAAUAGUAUACCGAGUAAUUAGUCUAUUCUAUUUUCACUCUACGCAUUUGCAAGAUAAAAAUAUAUUUAACUUCUAUUGCUGUAGUCGGUCCGCCUGGAGUCCCUCCGGGGGGCUACUGCCUGUCCCAAGCCCGGAUAAAGGAGGAGGGUUGGGCAUGGGGUUAGCGACCCCAUCCCGUAGAAAACUAACUAGCUAAGAAAAACGCUAACCAGAAAUAAUAAUUCAAACCAUUUAAACUCUGCCCUGGAAGUCAGAAGGUCUUCGCCUCAUAAUGAAAGCCGAGUUCCUUCGGAAGUCACGAGGCCGAUGCCCCUUCUGACAACCAGAGCAACCAUUUAUUUAGGUACAUGGAAUGCUCGCACAAUGUGGGAGACUGGGAGAGUUUUCCAAAUCGCUUCUGUGGUCAAUCCACCGUCACCAUCACUAAUUUCUCUAUAACCUAGUUUUGAGUAAGAUACCAGAGAGUUUUGUUUUACAAAUACAUUAAAAGAGUAAUGCAGGUACGCAAACAGAAAAAAAUGUUUGUCAUUAACUGAUCAUUCUUUUGACUGAACGCUAGAUUCGGUUCCUAAGCUCUUCUAGUAAUCCCUAGGUUAAAUCUACACAGCUACUUGAUCACGGGAGAAAAGGCGCGAAAUAUGAAAAAAACGCUUUGCUCCAAAGGUUUGUUUAUGCACAGGAAAUUUAAGUUAUUUUUAGUAUUUUGAUGGCCUUGGGCUUCCGAAAGUUUCUGGAACGCUAGUAAACAUAGUAGCAGUAUAGGUAAUCAUCCUCAACAGUAAGAAUGUCCUAUGACGAGCUAGAACAGAAUUUUUAUGGAGCAAGAACAGGUAAAAGAUCUUCACACACACUACUGGGAAUAUUCAUACAAUCGUUGUAAUGAGUAUUAUUGAAGUGACUGACGUAACCACUUUCAGUAGACAUUCCAAAAAAUAACAAGAUGUCAGUCAACUGAACAUUGAAUUUGGUUAUUGUUGAGGAGACCCAGAAAAAACCUCGAGAAAAGCCAGAAAAGGCACUGAAAAGCAUCUUAUCCAAUCAGCGUUCAAUAGUUUUGCCAGGAAUGUAUAGAAAGUCAGAUGACGAGUUUCUGACUGGAUGGUUGCCUAUACUGCUACUAUACUUAUUAGCGUUCCAGGAACUUCCGGAAACCCAAGGCCCAUCUAAAAUAUUAUAAAUACUUUAGAUUUUCUGUGCAUAAACAAACUUUUAGAGCGAAGCGUUUCUUCCAUAUUUCUCGCCUUUUUUCUCGUGAUCAAGUCUUUGUAUAGAAUUAACCUGUGAGCUACUAGAAAAGCUUAGGAACUCAAUGUAGAGUUCAAUUUGAAGUUUUAUCUCUUAUUUCGAACUAGAAAUCUAUCUUUUGAUUAAACAGUCUGUGUUGAUGUCAUGUCCAGUUUUCAUACUAACUUUAAAUCAUAUGCGCACACAUUCCUUACAUUUUAUAUUACCUUAACCAAACAUAAUAUUAAUUUAAUUACUUACGCCUAUUUUAACUAAAUUGUUGUAAAAUAAAUAUAUAGCAGGUUUACCUCAAUAUAUCUUGAUUAUUUAUAUGUGAACCUUUCAGUGACACUACAUUGUUGAAACAAUGCGUGCAAGCUUGUUUUAACAUAGACUAUAUUCUAAAUGUUAACUUGUUAUUUACCCAUAUAUUCAAUGCCUGUUGGUUUCAAAAGUAUAUUUCUAUGAUUGAUAGUUAAAUUUCAACCCACGAGAUAUAAACUAAUACAAACUGUUAUUCAAUUUUAAUA